GCUUGAUCUAAUCUGACGCCUCUCUACUCUGCAAGGCGGGGGAGAGAGAGAGAGAUGGGGAGGUACAUGAGGAAGUGUAGAAGGAUAGAGGAGGUUACGGUGAUGGAGGUGACACAGGUGGUGGGGGUGAGGACCAGGGCGAGGACGUUGGCGCUGGCUGCGGCGGCGACAGUGCCGGAAGAGGCGGCGAUCGGGGGAGUGAGUCCGAAGAGGAGGAAGGCGACGGAGGAGACGGCGGAGGCUAGAUCGGGGGCAGGGGAGCUGGAGAUGGCGUACUUGCAGCUGAGGAAUAGGAGUCUUGUGAUGACGAAGCGGCUUUCUAAAUCUGCGCGGAAUUCCGAUGCGAAGAGACGGGGAAGCGUGGAGAGGGGCCGGAUCUCGCGGUGUUCGAGCAUCGCGUCAUGUGAGGGGGUGGAGGAGGAUGACGCCCUCCGGUAUACGUCUUCUGGUGGUCAGAAGCCUCGAGGGGAUCUAGGUAGCUCCGUUUGUUACUUCGAGUGUAACCGAGACAGGUGUGAGAUCUCUCCGUCGAGUAAUCAAGUAAUAUAUUCUGGCGAGGUGGAGUCAACAGCGGAAAGAGAAUCAAGGAUGCAAUCUACACCACAAUUAAGGAUGCCAUCCGCCGCAGAGCUCGAAGAAUUCUUUGCCGCCGCGGAAAAAUCAGAAAAGCAGCAAUUCGCUGCCAGGUACAAUUUCGACAUCGACAAUGAACUUCCAUUGGAGGGACGAUACGAGUGGGUUCGAAUAAAUCAAUGAACACAAGUUAAUCUAGUGAGGAGCGGGAGAUCAAAAUCAGACUUGAAUUAGAAGACAAAUUAACUCAAUUAUAUAAUUCGCCCCCCCCUUUUUUUUUCUUUCCCGACUUUGUUUCUAUUUUAAUGGGAAUUUAAUGUACAGCAGCGAAGUAGCCAACGCCUUAUAACUCUUUUUUUUUUCUUUUCUGUUUUCUUCUUUUUCCUCAAGAAUCCAACUCACUCUCGAUGUCUCUUUCUUCUCUUCUUAACUGAUCUGUGUACGAUAUUAUAUCCGCAGAAGCUUCUGAACUCAGAACCUCCAUUCUUCUGCUACUGUUGUCCGUCAGUGCGAUUGAAGGAGGGAAGAGACAGUGUGCUGGAACAUUUUAACAAAAAAAUGUCUCGCCCUAAUCCACCCACUCCCAUUUUCGCUGCUUCACACCUUCUUCGCGCAUAAAUCUGUCUCCUGCUUCAUCUCCGCAGGAUAUUCAUCGGACGGUGGUAAUUCCGCUUGUAUUAUCAUUAUUCUUCAACGAUUUUUCAUUUUUACCAUGAUAUCGUAGGUCGCUCCGGUGAGCUCACCGCGAAGCGGAACCGGCCUGGAAGGUGAGGAGGCGGGCUCGCACGUGGAAGGUGAGGGUGGCCCCCUCAUUUUUUUUCAAUUCAAAUUUAUAUUAUUUUUUGUACAUCUUUAUAAAAAGGAAAAAAGGUGGGGGCGGAGAAGAAAGAGGAUAUACUUUUGUGCUCCCUCACUUUCUGCCAAGUGCCAGUUUUUACGCGAGUCUCUCUCUCUCUCUCUAAACUGAACAGAGUGACUAGCGCUCACUCCCACGCGGUGGAAGGUGUGAGCGUUUUAUGAUUGGGUACUCUGUUUUCCCUUUUGCAUUCUGCUUCUCCAACAAAUUUUAAUUACACAAUUGCUUAGGGCCUUACAAAUUUUCAUUAAGCUGUGCUGUAAUAGCAAAUUAGUUUUUGUUGGGUAGAAGUGUUAUUGUUAGGGAACGAUAAACUUACAAUCAAAAUUUGUUGCGGGGGCAGCAACCCCCCUAGGGGCGAAACCCGCCAGAGGGCGCCGCCCCUUUCGAUCCCCGACAUAUUUGUGAAAUCUCUACAUUUUUACUGAUAAGUUUACCAAAAUUACGGCUGAUUCCGUCGCUACUGUUCUGUGUUGCUGCAAUCAAAUUAAACCCUAACUGCAUUAUUUGCAUUGAUGAUGUUGUCUUUCUAUUA